AUGUCCAUGUCUAGAAACUGAAUCAACUGGGGAUAUUCAAUACGUCAGCACUCAACGUAUGUUUGAAAUCCCUAAAGCUGAUAAUGGAUUCAUUCUUCGUAAAUCAUCAAAGACUCGUCGUGAAGUAGAACAGAUGAUGACAAUCCCUGAAUCAAUGCCCGAAGAAGCUCCAACCAACUCAUUAGGAGAUGAUGAUUUUUCAAAUAAGGAUGAAUUGUCUGCACUAAAGAAAGGGGCUUCCUUAGAUUUUCAACCAAACUUUGCUUUUCAAAAUGAUGUUGAACAGAUAAAAUGUCAAGUUCAGCAGCUUGUGGAUGAUGUAAGGAUCAUGAAGGAGGAGGACUUAAAGAAAGGCAAGGAACAGCUCAAGUUAUUGCAAAAGAUAUAUGAGCAGAUCAAACCAGUUCAAUCACAAAUAAAAAAUUCGAAAUCGAAGAAAUCCUCACAAGAUGAAAUUUUGAUCAUCUCCCUUACAGAGGCAAUGCUUUCUUUCUCUCUCUAAGCUUUUGUAAAUCAGAUGGUUUACCAUCCCAAACAACAAGUUAUUCCUUGUUCAUAAAGGGCCUUGUAAGGAGUCACUUUUGUCUUGUGGUUGUCCUUGUUCAUAUCCUUUAAUGGUGGCCUAGCGCACAAGGCUCUCAUCGUUGUGGGCUCUGCGGAGAGUCAGAUAUUCGAAUCCUUACCCCCGUAUAUGGAGCGGUUUUUUCUAAAUCCUCGUUCAUAUCUAUAUACUAAUGUAAAUAUAUUCAGUGUGCUUGUAAUGUUGGAGGAAAAAGGUUGUAUCAUUGAUCAAUUACAGGAGUCAUGAAGCUUUAUUUGAUAUCCAGAGCGCUUGCAAUUACAACUGCAAGCUGUGCAAAUAUCAACUUUUAGAACUGAGCAAAACAAAAUUACAACGUCAUGCAC